UCUUUUAAUAUUAUAAUAGUAUUACUUAUUAGUUAUGAACUAAUCUAGUAUAUUAUUAUAUCUGUGGUGAAAUAAAUUAAAUUAAUAUUCUCGUUACUCAUAUAUUUCUAAUUAAUUUUUGUUUUAUAAUUAUUGUUUUUAAUCGCUCUUUAUAGUUUAUGCCUGGCUAUUUUAUGAGAUACGUUUGAAGUGUAUAGGCCAGAACAGUUUUAUUGUAAAAAAAUAUAUACUAGGAAUGGACGCAGAGGACAUUGAUGACCGUGAUCACUACUGGAAAGGGCUAACUUCAAAAUGUCUUAUAAAAUCUUCAACUCACCCUUUAGAAUACGCCAAACUUCUCAUUCAGAUUGGACAUGAACCAAUUCCGCCAAUGCUUUGCAAACCUCUCAUUGGCCAACCGUGUUUAGUACUGCCUAAUAUAUUUUCAUAUACCAAAUAUAUUUAUGAAGUUGAUGGAUUUAAAGGAAUGUAUGCUGGCUUAGCUCCAAAGUUAGUUGGUGUUUUUGUUGAACAUAGCUCAUCAUGGUUCAUGACUAAUUAUGUCAAGUUUGAAAAGAAAGAUACUUUAGAUCCUGAGGAUUCGGAUUUAAAAGGAUGGGAAAAAUGUUUAUUAAACACUACAAAAGAAUUGGUAUGUUCAACUACUAGUGUUUUAUUAAGCUAUCCAUUCCGUCUUAUUACCAUAAGAAUGAUGGCUCAGUUUGUUGGUUUCGAACAUCGUUAUACUGGAAUAUUCUCGUCGUUUGCUAUCAUUUAUCGUGAAGAAGGAAUUACAGGAUUUUAUUCUGGAUUGUGGCCUUCUCUAAUGUAUACCUUAAGCUAUGUAAUCAUUUCUAAUGUAGCAAAACAUGCUAUAACACGCUAUUUAUUCAACCCUUCGACAGUGUCAUUAACCAUUGCAGAUUUUGCUUCUUCGUACUGUGCAAAUUUUGUUGCAUAUCCAUUCAACGUAGUCAGCUCUUGUAUUGCUAUCAAUAACUGCGGCUUAGCGGCCGGAAUGCCUCCAGAAAUGCCAGUGUUCGGAAAUUGGGUCGAGUGUAUGAAAUAUCUGUAUGGAAUUGAUCAACUAGGCCGCGGUGCCUCAUAUUUUUAUAGACGCCAUGUAACACCUGCAAGAUCAAAACUUAUUAAAUUGAACUGAUUUAAUUGCCAAGUGCUUAGUCAUGGUUGUUUGUGUUGUAACAAAACAACAUUAAUGUUACAAUGUACAUUUUAGAAAACAAGUUAUACAUUAUAAUACUUUUAUAAAGCAACUCCUUUAAUACUAAUUUUUUUUUUUUUGUUAAUAAAAUUUAUCGAUUUAAACAUUAUUUAUGUCAUUGCUUUUAUUUAUAAACUGUGUUAAACAUAUUUUCUACAUUUAUGGUUAAAACACAUUGAAUGUAAAUUAUCGCUAGUAGACAAAAUCAAGUAUGGACUCGAGCCCAUCCACGAGGAAUACUACUGUAUCAGUUCUUGUAAUUAUUUGUUUAUUAAACACCAUAAUGUAGCAAAACUGUGCCUACAGUUCCUAGUGCCUACUGUCUUGGUGCAGGAAAGGAGUCCUGUGCUUAAAAGAAUGUCUCAACUCGCUUGUCUAUUUAAAAAUAGUUACGCCAUACAUAUUCUUCUAGUCCCAUCACACUCGAAUAAAUUUAAAUUAGUAUAUUAAAUAUUAUAAUGUAGUGAUGGGAAUUCGUAUUUUGCUAUAGAACUACUAUGGAAAAUUUUAUAUCUUUAAUGUUUAAACUAUAUUAUGUUGUAAUUUUACAAACAAGUUUAUCAAUAGAUGAAUGAUAAUUAAUUGUUUAAUAGUAGGUAGUAGGUGUUUUUAUGGCAUCGUUGUUGUUAACUUAAUAUAUAUAUUUAAAACUAGGUACAUGUUUCUCUCUGUUAUGACAAACUUUUUUUUGUUUUCAGGCAAUUUGUAUAAAAUGAGUGAACUGUAGUAAUAUUGUGUAUUUUUAUUUUUAUUUUUUGUUAGGUAAACUAUGCAUACAGCAUCAGCAAACAAUAGUUUUUGUUGU